CAUGUGUAUACCUAACCCAACCUAACCUAUUGUUAUGUGUGGGUGUACGUGGAAUUGUCAUAUUUUGUGAUUCUUUUUUUUUUAAUUAUAAUUCUAUUCUAUAUACAUGGUGCUAUUGUGAAAAAAAAGUUUAAAUAAAGGUGUUUCCAAGUUGUUUUUAAUCUAUAUUUUUAAUUUUUAUAAUUGAUAAUUUCAUUAUUCAACAAAAAUAGUACACAUUCAAAAUGAUGCAAUUUAUGUUAUUGUUUAGUCGUCAGGGAAAAUUGCGUUUACAAAAGUGGUAUGUCGCGCAUCCUGACAAAUUGAAGAAAAAAAUUACUCGUGAAUUGAUAACGACAAUUCUAGCAAGAAAACCAAAGAUGUCGAGUUUCCUAGAGUGGAAGGAUGUCAAGGUCGUUUACAAAAGAUACGCUAGUCUAUACUUUUGCUGUGCAAUUGAACAAAACGAUAACGAAUUAUUGACUUUGGAAAUAAUUCAUCGUUACGUAGAACUAUUGGAUAAAUAUUUUGGAAGUGUUUGCGAGCUGGAUAUUAUAUUUAACUUUGAGAAGGCGUAUUUCAUUUUGGAUGAAUUGCUGGUCGGUGGAGAGAUUCAGGAAACUAGCAAAAAGAAUGUCCUGAAAGCGAUUGCUGCCCAGGAUCUUCUACAGGAGGACGAGGCUCUCGAUGGUGCUCUACGGGAAGUAGGUCUUAUUUAGUCUGCUCUGCAGCAAAAUAGGGCUCUUGUGGGAUUUUCGACAUCAAAAAAGUGACAACCAGAACGAACAACUUGGGCCAAAAAUCACCAGCUGGACAAUGAUAUACAUCACAUCUCAUUUUAUAGUCACUUUUAUUUAUUUUUUGUCUUCGACUUCCAAUUUCAAAACUAUUAGACUGGAUUAACUUUUGCCAUAUUUUUGUACGAAUAUAUAUAUAUAUAAUAUAACUUUUUAAUGUCUUGAAAGGCAACGUACAUACAUAUAAUAAUAUACAAAGUAAUAUAUAUAUAUAUUUUAAUAGCGUAUAGGAAAAAUUAUAAUAAUAUAGUCUUUAAAGUUUAGGAUUUCUACUUUUAGGGAAUUGCAUUAAGCAAAUUUAUUAUUAUUAUAAGGAUAUUGAAUACCUGUGCACAUAACCUCAAAAUAAGAAAGGAUUCAUAAAAACGAUAUUCGUUGAAACUUUCUUUCUAAAGACCAAAAUUUUUUUCACGUAAAUAUAGAAAAUUAUAUUUAGAAUAAAGUAAUUUUUUAUUGAGAGCGAAAUCUUCCAUUUUCAUACUCUUUUUCUGUCUUUAAAAUUAAAGUACUAAAAUUUAUCUCUAUUCUAAAUUAUAUUUAAGAUAGAUUUUCUCUAAGCUCGUUAAAAUAUUCUUUUUUUAAAUAACGUUUCAACGUUGAUUAAAUAAAAGAUUUUAAUUUUAUUUUGAAAAUGAAAUACCGUCAACUGGGUUAAUUAUACCAUCCCAGGGGCUAUUAUACACAUUAACAGUAUUUAAUGAAUGAAAUUAUUUGUCUUUUAUGUCAAAAAGCAGAAAAACAUUCGUAAGGCUAUUUCCACAACAGCUAAAUUGCACCGUCUUGAAGACGAUUUUCUUAGAACGAGACGAAGCGCGCGCAUUAAUUGCCAAUUGUCGAAAAAAAAAAAAUUUACACUAAAAAUAAAAAAAAAAUUACCUGAAAGGAUAUAAAAAUUUUUAUUUUCUUUAACAAAAGAAAUUUUUUUAUUUCAAUAAUAUUUACAAGCUAAAAUUUUAGGAAUUGUGGAAGACUUAAAAUAAAUUUAUUAUCUCGUCUUAAAAUCAUGACGAUUCAAUUUAGCUAUUGUGGAAACAGCCUAAAAUCGUAAAAAUGAGAAUACAUCUAAGUUUGCAAUAAAGGUAUCUCGCUUUUCUAAAGUUUUUUUUAAAAAAUAUAUUAGAUAAGUGUUGCUUUUUAUGGGAUAUUUUAAGAAAAAAGUGCGAGUAAUUGAAAAACCACAAUUUCUUGGGUAAUAAUUUGCAAUGGUAAUAAUACCCAUUUUUUAAAAUUUAUUAUUUUUCGAAAAUUUUUUUUUUUUUUGCAGUAAGUAAAUAAUUGUAUUUAUAAAUAACUAAAUUAAUAACUCUAUCUCUAUUUUUUCUGUACAUUUUUCACUUAAUUUUGUGUCAAAAACUAAAAAUAAGGCCAACGCAGAAUUGAAAUGUAACCGUAAUCGCAAUCGUAAACGGAAGAAUGAGUUAGAAGAGGAUAGUCAUACACGGAAAAUCUUUGUUCAAGAAUCAUUCCUAAAUUUGUUCAGAAACUGAGAACGUGAGAAAAAUUCUGCCAAAUUUACAUAAAAAUACAAAAAUCAUUGAAGAAAAUACUUGUAUUUUUAUUAUGACAUUGGAAGAUCGGAAUAUCUCAGUCACUGGGCGUUGAAAGUUUCUUGAACUGUUUUAGAAGACACAGUACAGUAACCAAGCACUAUACUAGGCAGGGAUUGGUUGCGUCAAAUACGUUUCCAAUGCAUAAUACCAUAAGCUGCUAAGGUAGCUGAGUGAUGUAAAGCGGAGUUUUUGGACUCUCGAGGACGUGGGAUCGAGUCCUCCCAGAGUAAAUUUUUUUUCUCGCAAACGUAAAAAUUUAUUCUAAAACAAGUUCAAGACUUUCUGUAGUGAGUUUAGGAAGUUGUCUUGAAUUUCUCUACAAUUCUUAUAGAAAUACUGCAUAGAAUUUUUCAAAGGAAAUACAAAUAAGAUUUCUUAAAUUAUUCUCAUAUCCUCAGUUCCUGAACAAAUUUAGGAAUGAUUCUUGCACAAAGUUUUUCCGUGUAUAUAUAUUGUUGUUCUUCUCUUACUAAUUCCGAUUGCAAUUACGAUUCCAGUUACGUUACUAUUGUGCUUAGGUCUAUAAAAGCCUAAGCAGAAUAGCAACGAAACCGGAAGAAUGAGUUAGAGUAGGAUAGACAUAUUGUUUGUCCUUCUCCAAUUUAUUAUUCCGGUUGCGUUUGCGGUUACGAUUCCGGUUACGUUUCUCUUCUGCUCAGGCCUUAAGUUUACGAUAUAUUGGUGCAACCUAACCUCAAAAAUAUAACUCAAUACUAAUGUUUUUCAAGUUAAUUUUAUAACUUUUUCUCUUAAAGUAACUUAAAAAUCUAAAAAACAUUUUUUUUAAUUCUAAAUUUUAAUGACUUGUUGAGUAAAUAAAUAUCAUUUUCGUGCGUACAAGUAAUUUUUACGGUUGACGGUAAAGAACUCUCAAAAGUAUAUUAUAUUUUCCAAUGUUGUGUUACUAUUGAAAAUAUUGACAUCUCUUUGCGGUAAAACAACGAUUUUUCGUUUUUAAAAAUCUUUUCUUAGUUUGCAAUUGUGGGUUUAUUGCCUUUUAACCAAAAAAAAACAAAACAAACAAAUUCUAUUUCUCUGUAAAUAUAAAAUUUCCUCGAUUUUAAACUAUAUUGCUACAUAUUUUGUAUGUAACAGACUACGUCAAUUUUAAUGUUUAAUACACAACCAUAUUGUCAAUAAUAAAAUAAUUCCGUGAUCUUUAAA